AUGUUGGACCCUGAGGCCACAGUGGUGCUGAUCCGCAUCUCUGUCCCCCCAGUCUGGGGACAGGGGGCGGGGAGGCCAGGGCAGGGCCUUCGCCUGGUCAGUGCCCUGCGCCCUCACCUUGCGUCUCUGUUGUUUCUUCCAGUCUCUAUCUGCUGCUGCCUCUUCAUUCUCUUCCUCUUCCUUUCGGAGCUCACCGGAUUCAUAACCACAGAAGUCGUGAACGAGCUGUAUGUCGAUGACCCGGACAAGGACAGCGGGGGCAAAAUCGACGUCAGCCUGAACAUCAGUUUGCCCAACUUGCACUGUGAACUGGUCGGGCUCGACAUCCAGGAUGAGAUGGGCAGGCAUGAAGUGGGGCACAUCGACAACUCCAUGAAGAUCCCGCUGAACAACGGGGUGGGCUGCCGCUUCGAGGGCCAGUUCAGCAUCAACAAGGUCCCAGGCAACUUCCACGUGUCCACACACAGUGCCACGGCCCAGCCACAGAACCCGGACAUGACCCAUGUCAUCCACAAGCUCUCCUUUGGGGACACGCUGCAGGUCCAGAAUGUCCACGGAGCUUUCAAUGCUCUCGGGGGAGCGGACAGACUCGCCUCCAACCCCCUCGCCUCCCACGACUAUAUCUUGAAGAUCGUGCCCACGGUUUACGAAGACAAGAGCGGCAAGCAGCGGUACUCUUACCAGUACACGGUGGCCAACAAGGAGUACGUCGCCUACAGCCACACGGGCCGCAUCAUCCCAGCCAUCUGGUUCCGGUACGACCUCAGCCCCAUCACGGUCAAGUACACAGAGAGACGGCAGCCUUUGUACAGGUUCAUCACCACGAUCUGUGCCAUCAUCGGCGGGACCUUCACCGUCGCCGGCAUUCUGGACUCGUGCAUCUUCACAGCCUCAGAGGCCUGGAAGAAGAUCCAGCUGGGCAAGAUGCAUUGACAGCCUGCCGGCCCUGUGGCCGAGGACCCAGGGGGCCCGCCCGCCCUGCCUCCGGCGUGGUGCCCUGGCUCCUCCUGCCUGUCUGGUCCAGGGUCUGGCUGCCUCCCAACACGGGGGUCGGGGAGGAAGGGGCGGCUCGCAGUCCGCAGCUACCUCUGUUCCCCGUGUUUAGUUUGAGAUGAAUGACACCGCCUGAAGGGGUGCCCCUUCUGCUGGGGAGCCCCAAGACCAGCAUCGGGCAAGGGGUGCUCAGGGAUGUUGGGGACCACUCCUGGGAGGCCGAUAGUCCCUUCUCUCUUGUGGGACCAGUCCGGAAUCCACGUGGACCAGUUGUUAGCCAGGCUUUGACAAUCUAGCAGCCCCCGCCAUUUGGACACACUAAUCACUUGGUUCUCCCCCUGCCCCCGGCCCCGCCAACCCUGAGCAGCAGACCCACAGACCUGGGCUCUCAGCUCUGGACCAAGCUGCCUAAAUGUACCCCACCCCAAACCCUGGCGCCUUCAACAAAGGACGGUACUUCGGGCAAGCCCCCAGGAUAUGGCGCCGUAGGUGAAACCUCGCUCUGGUCCCUGCUUUCCUGCCCAACCCAGAGCCCAGGCCUCAAGUCCCUGGCCUCCGCGCCUUGCAGGCCUUUUUCUCUCGAGAAGAAGCCCAGUUGUUGGUCCCCAGGCAGGUGGCAGGGGCCCUUUCCUCAGUUCACAUCGUUCCUCUGAACCGCCCCCCCCCACCCCGCCAAUGUGCCUCAGCCCCUGCGCUGUGUGACAGCAGCAGCACCUCCUGGUGGGGACUGAUUGUGGCUGGGGAGUCAGCCUUUGAGAACCAGACAGGGUUUGUGUUCAGACGCGGAGCAGCUUUCCCCGCAACCCGGAAAUAAUCAUGUCUCGGCCUCUCCCAGCAGCGGCCACUAGUCCCAGGCCGUAGGUGGGGGAAGCGAAGCAGCCCCGGCCUUCCCCAUCUGGACGUCCACCUUCUGGGCCCCCCUUUGCUCCCCCCUGCUCCCCCUCGUCCUUCCCCUUCAGUCCUGAGAGGGAGGGGCAGCGGUCCAGGCGCACUGGGGCCCAGGGAAUUUUCGGUAUGCCCGGGUGUCCAGGGGGAGAGAGUGGCUGCCUGUUUUCCAUUUAUAUCAAGAUUGUUUGCAUACUUUUGUAAUUGAGGGGAGUGUCCCGGACGAGUUUUAACUUAUCUGUACAGAUGGCUUAAGUCUCCGCCAUUUUUAAGUUUUGGCCCGGGAUUCUGAGAGGAAGCGCUUCCCUGCUUGCCUGCAAGUUGACUGAUGUGUGUGUAGCUGCAUUUGGUUAUUCCUGGCAUCUGUGGCCAGUUAGAUGGGUUUUGAAAAAAAUUUUCACAUUCUGUUCCCCUGUUAUGGAAAGGAGCCCCUUCAGAGGGUGGGCAGGGCAGGGCGGGGAAGUGUGCGGGGCACAGAGGAGUUGAAAAUCCACUUUAUGUGUUUCUAAAAAACAGACCCUUGAGGGCAUAGAGGAUGUCAGUUUCCUAUGGAAGAGACAUCCCCGACCCAACAUUCUCAUAAACAAAAUCUCAAGGGAAAAAAAUGUUUUCGUUCUUUCCCCACUCAUUGGGUUCAAACAGAUUAAACGGCUGAUUUUCAGAA